AUGACUUCGCUUUCACUGGAAAUUCUUCGACACUUUGAAACAAUCAAUAGACUCCAGUUAGAUCUAGAGGCAAGCAUCACAAAUUUAACUAAUGUCACAGAAUUAUCGGAACAACAAGAAGUGUCUAGUUUGAUUCGUGUGGGUGUUAAAGACUUGGGGAAACUUAUCGAGGGUAUGAAACAACUUGCAGAAGAACAAGAUCGCGAUAAAGACCGUCAAGCAAUUUUGCAGCGAUUACGAAGAAAUGAAGAUCAAUAUAAACAGUUGGAAAGAGUUUUUGUUAAUUCAUUGUAUACGACAAACAGACUUCAAGCAUCUUUACGUCGAGCGAUCUUAACCUCGAAACAAAAUAUUGAAAGAGAGGCAAAAUUACAAUUGUUUGCACUUGGCGAGGGGAGAAAAGGAGAAGCGUAUGAGAUGAGACGUAGAAAUCUCUCAUCGGAUGAUUCAGUAUUACGUGCUACUGAUGAUGUAACAAAAACGUUACAACGCACGGUACAGUUAAUGCAACAAGAAAUCGAAAGAAGUGCUUAUUCUGCAAAAUCAUUAGAGGAUUCAUCGCGAAUACUAAAAAGUACGUAUAAUGAAUUCCGAGGAUUCACCGCGGUAGUACGCGGCUCGAAACAACUAAUCACAAAACUGGAACAAAGUGAUUGGACGGAUCGAUUAUUAAUUCUGUUUGGAUUGUUUGUUUUUAUUCUGGUGGUUCUUUAUAUUUUAAAGAGACGUGUGUUGGAUGUGGGUAUUGGGUGGGUUACGUGGAUCACUUCGUGGAUUAUAUAA